AUGGCUGAUCAGCUCAACAUCAACGGCCUCAACAUCGGCUCCACUCAGGAGGCCUCUGGUCGCUCCUCUUACAUCCCCCCUCAUAUGCGAGGCAAGAUGGGCCAGGCUCCUCCUGCCGCCGCCGCCGCCCCCGUCGCCGGCGGCCCUCCCAACGUCAACGGCGGCCUCAACAACAGUGCCUGGGCUGGUAACAACGGCAACAACAGCAACUACGGCGGUGGUCGCGGUGGCGGUGACUGGCCUGCCAUGGGCGGUCCCGGUGGCCCUGGCGGCCCCCCUGCUCCCGCUGCGGCUGGCGGUCCUCCUCCUCACUACGGUGGCGGUCGCGGUGGUGGUCGUGGCGGCUGGAACGGUGGUGAUCGUGGCUACGGCGGUGGCUACGGCGGCAAUGCUGGCGGUGCCGGCGGUGCUCCCGCACACACCCGCGGCUCUGGCGAUGGCCAGUGGCGCGACGGCAAGCACAUUGCUGGACCCGCCAACCCCCGUGUCGAGCGCGAGCUCUUCGGAACCCCAGACGAUCCUUCCAAGCAGCACACCGGUAUCAACUUCGAGAAGUACGACGACAUUCCCGUCGAGGCUUCCGGUCACGACGUUCCCGAGCCUGUCCUCACCUUCACGAACCCUCCUCUCGAUGACCACCUCAUCAGCAACAUUGGCCUUGCCCACUACAAGGUUCCCACCCCCGUUCAGAAGUACUCUAUCCCCAUUGUCAUGGGUGGCCGUGACUUGAUGGCUUGCGCCCAGACUGGUUCCGGCAAGACUGGUGGUUUCCUCUUCCCCAUUCUUUCUCAGGCCUUUAUCAACGGUCCUUCGCCCGUUCCCGCCAACGCCGCCGGUGGCAGCUUUGGUCGUCAGCGCAAGGCCUACCCCACCUCGCUGAUCCUCGCCCCCACCCGUGAGCUUGUCUCGCAGAUCUACGACGAGUCCCGCAAGUUCGCCUACCGUUCGUGGGUUCGCCCUUGCGUUGUCUACGGUGUUGCCGACAUUGGUUCUCAGCUCCGCCAGAUUGAGCGCGAAACAUUAAAGUAUCUUGUGCUCGAUGAGGCUGAUCGCAUGCUUGACAUGGGUUUCGAGCCUCAGAUUCGCCGUAUCGUUGAGGGAGAGGACAUGCCCGGCGUUCAGAACCGCCAGACUCUCAUGUUCUCCGCCACCUUCCCUCGCGACAUCCAGAUGCUGGCCCGUGACUUCCUCAAGGACUACGUCUUCCUCUCUGUUGGUCGUGUUGGCUCCACUUCGGAGAACAUCACCCAGAAGGUCGAGUACGUCGAGGACGUCGACAAGCGCUCUGUUCUUCUCGACAUUCUCCACACCCAUGGCGCAGGUCUCACGCUGAUUUUCGUCGAAACCAAGCGCAUGGCUGAUUCGCUCUCGGACUUCCUCAUCAACCAGAGCUUCCCUGCCACUUCCAUUCACGGAGAUCGUACUCAGCGCGAGCGUGAGCGCGCCCUCGAGUUCUUCCGCAACGGCCGCUGCCCCAUUCUGGUUGCCACCGCCGUUGCCGCUCGUGGUCUCGAUAUUCCCAACGUCACCCACGUUGUCAACUACGAUCUGCCCACCGACAUUGACGAUUACGUCCACCGCAUCGGUCGUACUGGUCGUGCCGGCAACACUGGUCACUCCACAGCGUUCUUCAACCGCGGCAACCGUGGUGUCGUUCGCGAGCUACUUGAGCUACUCAAGGAAGCUAACCAGGAGGUUCCUCAAUUCCUUGAGACUAUCGCCCGUGAGUCUUCCUACGGCGGAGGCGGCCGUGGUAGGUCCGGCGGUGGUCGUGGCCGUGGUCAGGGUGCCAACCGCGAUUUCCGUAAGUUCGGCGGUGGCGGCUUCAGCAGCGGCGGCGGCGGCGGCUUCGGUGGCCCUCCCAGCAGCGGCUACAGUGGCGGCGGUGGCGGCGGCUUCGGAGGUCCUCCUCCUAACCCCAGCUACGGCGGUGCUGGCGGUGGCUACGGCGGUGGCUACGGCGGCGGUGGCGGCGGCGGCGGCAGCUAUGGCAACCCCGGCAGCGGCGCUGGCGGCCAGUCUUGGUGGUAA